UUUAUUUAAUUGAUUCAAUCAUUUUACAGUGUUCAGUCCAUCUUUCUGGGUCAAGGACAGGGACCAGUUGCCGAGAAACUAAUCCAUGCCGCCGUGAAAACCGGUGAUUGGGUGUUCCUCCAGAAUUGUCACUUGGCAGCGUCGUGGAUGUUGGCCAUGGAAAACACAGUGAAAGGAAUGUCUGAAAAACCAGAUGAAAUCCAUGAGGACUUCCGACUUUUCCUCAGUUCCAUGCCAGCCAGACAUUUCCCUGUCAGUGUCCUUCAGAACAGUGUCAAGGUCACUAAUGAGCCGCCCAAGGGCAUCCGUGCCAACAUGAGGAGAGCUUUUGCUGAAAUUACACCCCAGUUCUUUGAGGAGCAUGUGCUUGCGUCCAAAUGGAAGAGGAUGAUCUUUGGUGUCUGUUUCUUCCACGCUGUUAUUCUGGAGAGGAAGAAGUUCGGUCCACUGGGCUGGAAUAUCAGGUAUGAGUUCAGUGACAGUGAUCGUGAGUGCGCUCAGUUGAAUUGUCAGAUGUUCUGUGCCGAGGGAAUCAUUCCAUGGGACGCCCUAAUCUACAUCACAGGCAUGAUCACCUAUGGAGGUCGUGUUACAGAUGCCAUUGAUCAGAGAUGCCUGGAGACCAUCCUUAAGACUUUCUUCUACCCCAACACACUGGAGGAGGGCUACAAGUACUCACCCUCAGGUAUAUACUAUGCCCCUGACUACCCUACCCUACAGGAGUACAGAGACUAUAUAGAGACCCUACCUAUUAAUGAUGAACCAGAGAUCUUUGGCAUGCACGAAAAUGCCAACAUUGCUUUCCAGGCAGAGGAGACUAACCACUUGAUCCAGACCAUUCUGGACGUCCAGCCCCGUCAGUCGAGCGGUGGAACCGGAAAGUCUAACGACGAGAUCGUGUACGAGUUAGCAGAGAGCAUUCUGGGUAAACUGAUGGACAAACUGGACAUUGAGCAGGCCAAUCAGGAAAUGUUUGAGCCGGACGAGAAAGGUCGACUGAAUUCACUGACCACCGUGCUGACCCAGGAAGUGGACAGAUUUAACAAACUUCUGAAGGUCAUCAAGAACUCCCUUGACCAGCUGAAGAAGGCCAUUAAAGGUUUUGUUGUGAUGAGUGACGAGUUAGAGCUUGUCUACCAGGCCUUCAUCAACAGUCAGGUCCCCAGCCUGUGGGCUAAUGCCGCCUACCCCUCCCUGAAGCCCCUGGGUAGCUGGGUCAAUGACCUCAUUUACAGGUGUGCCUUCAUUGAUAACUGGGUCAGGCACGGACAGCCCAAGUCUUUCUGGAUGUCUGGAUUCUUCUUCCCACAAGGAUUCUUGACUGGUACCCUACAGAACUAUGCCAGGAAGUACAACCUUCCCAUAGAUCACCUGACCUUCCAUUUCCACCCCCUCCCUCACUUCCGGGAGCAGAAGGAGGUCACCGCUCAAAUGGCGGAACUCAAAUUCGGGGAGGAGAUCGAGCUGGACAAAGAAGACAUUCCACUAACUUUGUGGUGUUUGUUCACCUGCCUUCUAAGCAGCCUCAAGACUACUGGAUAUCUAAAGGGGCUGCCCUCUUGUGUCAACUGAAUGACUAAAGGGCAGACAACUCUUAAGGAACUAUAUGGAACUUUUAUUUGUCAGAGUGCUUGGCUUAUUGCACAAAGGAUGUGAAAGUUAAAAUGUUGUAAAUAGAAAUUUCACAAAUAUUCCGUCCUUAUAGACUUUAUUUAUAUGUUAUAAGAACUGUGAUAAGUUUACAAGUAUUGGAGUGCAUUUUGAUUUAAUUUAGAACUAGUAGAGUUAUGAUAUAUUUUUUAUAUAUGUAUUUUUGUUGACUUAAAAAUGUUUCUUCUGUUAAGUGCAAGUUGUAAUGAAGGCCUUUAAUCUGUAUUUUUUCAGAAAUGAUUUAUUUAUAUUAUGUUUUAUUAUCUGACUGUGAUUUGGGUGUGCCUUUUGUUCUUUGUUUUUAUUUUCUGAAGUACAGUUCAUCUAUGUAUUUUAUAAGAGUUUAAUAUAUGAAGCAUUUAUUUACUAUUGUUGAUUUUACAUUUAAAAGGUUCCAGGAUAAAUAGACCAAAUUACAAUAUUUUCUUAUGUUCUUAUUUAAGCAUUGAAUGUUAAUUACUAUGAUGGCUUUCUGUUUAUCAUUCUGUACAUCUUACACAAGUUGUGAUUAAUAAAAUAUCUCAUCAAA